CUGUACGCCGCUGUCACAUCUCUGUAGCCGAUCCGAACGUGAACCCGAAGGAAAGUACCCGAAACUCACAGCGAGGACAACCAGCCGCGGCGUCUCCCCUUCGCUUUAUCGUCCCAGCAUGAAGGCCAUCAGUCCCGUCCGCUCGGUGAGGAGCUGCUACAAGGCCGUGUGCUGCAUCUCGGAGCAGAGCCUGGCCAUCGGCCGGAAUAAACACCCGUGCGUGGAUGAGUCUGUGAGCGCGCUGUGCGACAUGAACGACUGCUACUCCAAGCUGAAGGAGCUGGUGUGCAUCCCGCAGAACAAGUCAGUGAGCCAGGUGGAGAUCCUCCAGCACGUCAUCGACUACAUCUUCGACCUGCAGAUCGCGCUGGAGGCGGAGGACGCGUCUGCGCCGGAGAUGGUUUUAUCCAUAAAGGCUGCGGAUAUCACUCGCAAUUUCUCCAAAGAAGAAGAACGAUUGUGCCAUUAGGAUGUGGAUGGAACAAUACUGGUGCAGGGAAACACAUGUCUCCACUUCACUCCGGGCAAGAGGACAAGAGGGGCAAAAAAAUAAGAAAGAAAGAAAAAGGAAAGGGGGGGAUAGGUAUUUGGAAAA